UUUCUCAUAUGCGUACCCCCACUAUAUAUCCAACUACUACUACUACUAUUAGUAUUACUAUUACACACCAACUUACCACUUAAACACAAUUUUAGCCACCAUGGCAUCCAAGGAAAAGGUUGCUCCGCCACCGGAAGCUUCGGAAAAAUCUGCCCCGCCGCCAGAAAACAUCCCUCCGCCUGCCGUCCCUAAAUACUUCGUGGUGGGUGAUGUGGUUCUAAGGUUUUUGUUGUUUGCGGCGACAGUGACAGCAGUGGUGGUAAUGGUCACUAGUAAGCAAACGCAACCGACUUCUCCCCCGGCAAAAUUCAAUCACUCACCAGCCUUCAUAUACUUUGUAGCUGCACUCUCAGUUGCUGGGCUAUACAGCAUUAUCACUUCUCUGCUAUCCGUCUUUGCACUCCUCAAGCCACGUUGCUCAUCAAAGCUCUUGUUCCAUUUUAUAAUUUUCGAUGUGCUCAUGUUGGGUAUUGUAGCUGCGGCAACAGGAGCUGCAGGGGCAGUGGCAUACCUCGGAUUAAAAGGUAACUCUCACCUACAAUGGACCAAGAUAUGCAAUGUCUAUGACAAGUUCUGUCGACACAUAGGAGCUUCCGUUGCAGUCUCGCUUUUCGCUUCCAUCAUCCUAGCACUGCUCAUCAUACUCUCUGCUUAUUCUCUCUCCAAAAAGAUCCCCAAGUAGAGUCUCUGGUGUCAGGACGGAAAUCCGAGUCCCAGAAACAGGCAUGCUCUGCUAAGUUGUUUGGUGCAAACUAGACCUAGUGUUGUUUCACUUGUGUGUGUGUGAAAGUUUGAUUGUGCUGUGGUUAGCAAAAAUUUGUAUGUGUAUUUAUGUGAAAAUUGUCAGUAUUCUGAUACAUAGUUGAACUACAGGGGUAUAUUUGUUGGCUCUAAUUGCAUGUUGCGUGUGAUUUUGUGAAAUACAAGUCAUUGGCCCUGUUUGGUGCAACGCAUAGGAUUGCUUAUAUAUAUUUAUUUUGAAAAUUUGUGC